AGUAACACCAUGGACGCCAUUCAAAACGGUUGGUUUAGUGAAAUUCAAAACGAGUUGUGGCCAGGACAAUGCUUUUCUUUAAAAGUUAAGGAAGUCCUUCAUCAGGAAAAGUCAAAAUAUCAAGAUAUAAAAAUCAUUGAAACAGAAUCUUAUGGAACUUGUCUCUUAUUAGAUGGAAUAAUUCAAUGCACUUCCAAAGAUGAAUUUUCAUAUCAAGAAAUGAUAUCAUUUUUACCUCUUUGCUCUCACCCUAACCCAAAGAAGGUGCUAAUCGUGGGAGGAGGUGAUGGGGGUGUUGCUCGUGAAGUUGUAAAACAUCCACUUGUAGAAGAAGUUCAUCAAAUUGAAAUAGAUGAUCGUGUGGUUGAACUGUCAAAAAAAUUUUUACCAAAUAUGUCCAGUGGAUUUAAUAAUCCAAAGCUUCGUUUGACAAUUGGUGACGGAUUUGAGUAUAUGAAAAAUCACAAAAAUGAAUUUGAUGUUAUAAUUACGGAUAGUUCAGAUCCAAUUGGACCAGCUGUAAAUUUAUUUGACGAAAGUUACUACAAGCUUAUGAAAACUGCAUUACGUGAUGGUGGCGUAGUAUGUUCACAGGGAGGAAGCUUCUGGUUAGAUUCCGAAUAUGUAAAAAAAACAAUUAACAAUUGUCGUUUACACUUUCCAAAUGUGUCAUACGCUGUGACUUCAAUACCAUCUUAUCCCUGUGGGCAUAUUGGAUUUGUAAUUGGCUGCUUAGAUGGAAAUCGUUGUUUGGAAACUCCUUUACAUACUUUUUCGUCUGCCGAAAUCGAUCAAAUGAAAAUGAAAUAUUAUACAAGCUCUAUACAUUCUGCUUCAUUUGUUCUUCCAAGGUGGAUCCAGAAAUGUUUUAACGAAAAUAUAUAAAUAAAGAUUUUUAAUACACAUGAAA